UGUAGUGCUUGGACCCCCCUCUUCAGGGGAGAGAAACCUGUGGCACUAGCAUUUGAAGACCAUGACAUCCAACAUUUCUGUCUUUCUCUGCCUGGUGCUGGUGUCUUGUGGUUCGACAGCAGUCAUCACUGGGGCAUGUGAGAAGGACUCUCAGUGUGGAGGGGGCUUGUGUUGUGCAGUCAGCCUGUGGAUCCGGAGCCUGCGAAUGUGCAUCCCAAUGGGUCAGGAGGGAGAAGACUGUCAUCCAAUGAGCCACAAGGUGCCGUUCUUUGGCAAGAGACUCCAUCAUACAUGCCCUUGUCUGCCUAACCUUGCCUGCAUUACCAUAGCUGAUGGCAAGUCCAAAUGCCUCCCACCAUUUCCAUUCCAGGAUCAGUACCUCUGA